GUACACACGGAUAUCGGUGCACACAAUGCACACGUACAAGCACACUCCGACGCGCAUGCUUGUGCAAAGGUGCAUUUGCACACACACACAUAUGCACACUCACCACCACUUUCCCUCCAGAAGCAGCUCCUUCUGCUGUGAGCACCAGGCUCCAGAAGGGUCAAACAUCCUUCAUUACCCGCAACCCAGUUUCACAGCCAGUCCCCGCUGCCUGACUCUCGUUUCUCCUCCAGCGGGCACCUCUGUCCUGUGCUCUGGAGCUGCGUUUCCGAUGGUCCUCCUUUGGCUCACGCUGAUCGCCAUGCCCUGUCUCCUGCAAACGAAGGAGGAUCCAAACCCACCAAUCACGAACCUAAGGAUGAAAGCAAAGGCUCAGCAGUUGACCUGGGACCUUAACAGAAAUGUGACCAAUAUCGAGUGUGUCAAAGACGCCGACUAUUCUAUGCCGGCAAUGAACAACAGCUAUUGCCAGUUUGGAGCAAUUUCCUUAUGUGAAGUGACCAACUACACCGUCCGAGUGGCCAAUCCACCGUUCUCCACGUGGAUCCUCUUCCCUGACAACAGUGGGAAGCCUCAGGCGGGUGCGGAGAAUCUGACCUGCUGGAUUCACGAUGUGGAUUUCUUGAGCUGCAGCUGGGCGGUAGGCCCGGCGGCCCCCGCGGACGUCCAGUACGACCUGUACUUGGACAUUGCCAACAGGCAUCAACAGUACGAGUGUCUUCACUACAAAGUGGAUGCUCGGGGAACACGUAUUGGGUGUCGUUUCGAUGACAUCUCUCGACUCUCCAGCGGUUCUCAAAGUUCCCACAUCCUGGUGAGGGGCAGGAGCGCAGCCUUCAGUAUUCCCUGCACAGAUAAGUUUGUCGUCUUUUCACAGAUUGAGAUAUUAACGCCACCCAACAUGACUGCAAAGUGUAAUCAGACACAUUCCUUCAUGCACUGGAAAAUGAGAAGUCAUUUCAAUCGCAAAUUUCGCUAUGAGCUUCAGAUACAAAAGAGAAUGCAGCCUGUAAUCACAGAACAGGUCAGAGACAGAACCUCCUUCCAGCUGCUCAAUCCUGGGACGUACACAGUGAAAAUAAGAGCCCGGGAGACAGUGUAUGAAUUCUUGAGCACCUGGAGCACCCCCCAGCGCUUCGAGUGCGACCAGGAGGAGAGUGCAAACACGCGUGCCUGGCGGAUGUCGCUGCUGAUCGCGCUGGGGACGCUGCUGGCCUUGGUCUGUGUCUUCCUGCUCUGCAGAAGGUAUCUGGUGAUGCAGAGACUCUUUCCCCGCAUCCCUCACAUGAAAGACCCCAUUGGUGACAGCUUCCAAAACGACAAGCUGGUGGUCUGGGAGGCGGGCAAAGCCGGCCUGGAGGAGUGUCUGGUGACUGACGUACAGGUCGUGCAGAAAACUUGAGACUGGGGUUCAG